GGCUGUGGGCGGAGGCUGGAGGUUCUGAGGUGCUGGUGCUCCCGCGUGGCUCUCCCCAGCCCCUUUCAUCUGAACAUUAGGGCUCGUGCCGCUUGUUAAUCAGCCUUCCAGUGGCACCAGAAGGAGUCAUUUCCUGGGGGUAGGCUCUGCCCGGAGCGUGAGAAACAGGCCCAGACUGUCUCCCGAGACUUGAGGGUCUUCCUGGCUGGUAAAGCUAGUCUGAGGGCAGGGACCAGUGGCGUUGGGGCCAAAAAAGAAGGCAGAAUUUGGGGCCACAAGACAGACCUCUCUCGCCUGCCCAGAAGAGAAGCCUCGGUCUCCCCAGCGCUCCUCCCUCGGAUAAUCGCCCCGAGGUGGCUGGCCCGCGUUCGUCGCAGUAACUGGAGCGUUGGGAGCCCCUCAAGCCCGAUUCCCGAGCCCGCCGUAGGUCUACCAGGGACACUUCGGAAAGACCGGCAGGCAGCUGGCCUGGAGCAUAGAGCCGGCGUGUGCCAUGGCCCCACACUGGGCUGUCUGGCUGCUGGCAGUGGGGCUGUGGGGCCUGGGCAUUGGGGCUGAGGUGUGGUGGAACCUUGUGCCCCGGAAGACAGUAUCUUCUGGGGAGCUGGCCACAGUGGUACGGCGGUUUUCCCAAACGGGCAUCCAGGACUUCCUGACACUGACCCUGACGGAGCAGACCGGGCUCCUGUACGUGGGGGCCCGAGAGGCCCUUUUUGCCUUCAGCGUGGAGGCUCUGGAGCUGCAAGGAGUGAUCUCCUGGGAGGCCCCAGUGGAGAAGAAGACUGAGUGUAUUCAGAAAGGGAAGAGUAACCAGACGGAGUGCUUCAACUUCAUACGCUUCCUGCAGCCCUACAACGCCUCCCACCUGUACGUCUGCGGCACCUAUGCCUUCCAGCCCAAGUGCACCUACAUUGACAUGCUCACCUUCACUUUGGAGCGUGGAGAGUUUGAGGACGGGAAGGGGAAGUGUCCCUAUGACCCAGCUAAGGGCCACACUGGCCUCCUUGUGGACGGUGAGCUGUACUCAGCCACGCUCAACAACUUCCUGGGCACGGAGCCUGUUAUCCUGCGUAACAUGGGGCCCCACCACUCCAUGAAGACAGAGUACCUGGCCUUUUGGCUCAACGAACCUCAUUUUGUAGGCUCUGCCUACAUACCUGAGAGUGUAGGGAGCUUCACGGGGGACGAUGACAAGAUCUACUUCUUCUUCAGCGAGCGGGCAGUGGAGUACGACUGCUAUGCCGAGCAGGUGGUGGCUCGUGUGGCCCGUGUCUGCAAGGGUGACAUGGGGGGCGCACGGACACUGCAGAGGAAGUGGACCACGUUCCUAAAGGCGAGACUGGUGUGCUCUGCCCCCGACUGGCAGCUCUACUUCAACCAGCUGCAGGCGAUGCACACCCUGCAGGGCACCUCCUGGCACAACACCACCUUCUUUGGGGUUUUUCGGGCGCGAUGGGGUGAUGUGGACCUGUCGGCAGUCUGCGAGUAUCAGUUGGAAGAGAUCCAGCGGGUGUUCGAGGGUCCCUACAAGGAGUAUCGUGAGCAAGCGCAGAAGUGGGGCCGCUAUACCGACCCAGUACCCAGCCCUCGGCCUGGCUCGUGCAUCAACAACUGGCACCGACGCCACGGCUACACCAGUUCUCUGGAGCUCCCUGACAACACCCUCAACUUCAUCAAGAAGCACCCACUGAUGGAGGAGCAGGUGGGGCCUCGGUGGGGCCGCCCCCUGCUUGUGAAGAAGGACACCAACUUCACUCACUUGGUGGCCGACCGGGUUACAGGGCUUGAUGGAACCACCUAUACUGUGCUGUUCAUUGGCACAGGAGAUGGCUGGCUGCUCAAAGCUGUGAGCCUGGGGCCCUGGGUCCACCUGAUCGAGGAGCUGCAGGUGUUUGACCAGGAGCCAGUGGAAAGCCUGGUGCUGUCUCAGAGCAAGAAGCUGCUCUUUGCUGGCUCCCGCUCUCAGCUGGUGCAGCUGCCACUGGCGGACUGCAUGAAGUAUCGCUCCUGUGCAGACUGUGUCCUCGCCCGGGACCCCUACUGUGCCUGGAGUGUCAACACCAGCCGCUGUGUGUCUGUGGGUGGCCACUCUGGAUCCCUGCUGAUCCAGCAUGUGACAAUCUCAGACACGUCGGGCAUUUGUAACUUCCGUGGCAAUAAGAAAGUGAGGCCCACUCCUAAAAACAUCACAGUGGUGGCAGGCACAGACCUGGUGCUGCCCUGCCGACUCUCCUCCAACCUGGCCCAUGCCCGCUGGACCUUUGGGGGCCGGGACCUGCCUGCAGAACAACCUGGCUCCUUCCUCUAUGACGCCCGGCUCCAGGCCCUGGUCGUGAUGGCUGCCCAGCCCCGCCAUGCUGGGGCCUACCACUGCUUUUCAGAGGAGCAGGGGGCACGGCUGGCUGCCGAAGGCUACCUUGUGGCUGUAGUGGCGGGCCCAUCAGUGACCCUGGAGGCCCGGGCCCCCCUGGAAAACCUGGGGCUGGUGUGGCUGGCUGUGGUGGCCCUGGGGGCUGUGUGCCUGGUGCUGCUGCUGCUUGUUUUGUCCCUGCGCCGGCGGCUGCGAGAAGAGCUGGAGAAAGGAGCCAAGGCAGCCGAGAGGACCCUGGUGUACCCUCUGGAGCUGCCCAAGGAACCCACCAGUCCCCCCUUCCGGCCUGGCCCUGAAACAGAUGAGAAACUUUGGGACCCUGUUGGCUACUACUACUCCGAUGGCUCCCUUAAGAUUGUACCUGGACACGCCCGGUGCCAGCCUGGGGGGGGCCCCCCUUCUCCGCCCCCUGGCAUCCCUGGCCAGCCCCUGCCUUCUCCAACUCGGCUUCACCUGGGGGGCGGGAGGAACUCAAAUGCCAAUGGUUACGUGCGCUUACAACUAGGAGGGGAGGACCGGGGAGGGCUCGGGCACCCCCUGCCUGAGCUCGCUGAUGAACUGAGACGCAAACUGCAGCAGCGCCAGCCACUGCCCGACUCCAACCCCGAGGAGUCGUCAGUAUGAGGCGAACCCCCCACCGCAUCGGCGGGGGGAGCGUGGGAGGUGCAGCUCCUACUUUUGCACAGGCACCAGCUACCUCAGGGACAUGGCAUGGGCACCUGCUCUGCCUGGGACAGACCCUGCCCAGCACCCGCCCGGCCAUGAGGACCUGCUCUGCUCAGCAUGGGCACUGCCACUUGGUGUGGCUCACCAGGGCACCAGCCUCGCAGAAGGCAUCUUCCUCCUCUGUGAAGCACGGACACAUGGGACCCCAGCAGCCAAAACUUUUCAAGGCAGAAGUUUCAAGAUGUGGGUGUGUUUGUGUUCAUAUGUGUUUGCACGUGUGCGUGUGUAUGUGUGUAUGUGUGGCAUAGCCUUCCUGUUUCUGUCCAGUCUUCCCUAGGCCUGGGGUCCUCCUGAUGAGUCAUUGGAACUAUGAAGGGGAAGGGGUCGUAUCAUGUUGCCUCUCCUGCCCCCAUCUGUCCCAAGUGUGGGGCAGUGAUGUACAUAUGGGGGUGGGGCGGGCAGGGUGCUGUACCCCUUUAGGGGGAGUGCAGGGCUCAGGGGUGGGCCUAGUCCUUCCCCUAGGGCUGUGAAUGUUUUCAGGGUGGGGGGAGGGAGAUGGAGCCUCCUGUGUGUUUGAGGGGAAGGGUGGGAGGGGCCUCCCACUUGGCCCCUGGGUUCCGUGGUAUUUUAUACUUGUCCUCUUCCAGUAUAGGGCUGGGAAGGGUUGUGCUGGGGGAGGGAAGGGAGAGAGGGUGGGCAUGCUGUGGAUAUUAGCAUAUCCUCUCCCAGCCCUAGGAGGAGGGCUCCUAACAGUGUAACUUAUUGUGUCCCCGCGUAUUUAUUUGUUGUAAAUAUUUGAGUAUUUUUAUAUUGACAAAUAAAAUGGAGAAAAUGAAA